AUGCCGUCCCAGGCAUCUUCGACUCCGCGCACCACGCGGAACUCUCGGGGCCUCCGUGCGGGCCCCUACCCUGCGCCGUCGUUGUCGCCAUCGUCGCGUCUCUCUACCGCUGGCCCUGUGCCAGUACCCUCGACGCCGACUCCUCGGAGUCGGAGGAGCUCUCGACCCCGCGCCUCAACUCCCUCUGGCCGCCCAACUCGUGCUGGUGCUUCGUCGUCUUGUCUGGGCCUCAAGGCGGUUGAAGAAGAGCCCGCCGCUUCGCCUGCCGCUCCCAUCACACCGUCUCCCCCCUCGUCUCCCUCCUCACCCGCCUCGAGCCUGAGGCACAAGCCGGUAUACCCACGUACACCGAGCAAGCCGCGCGCCAAUUUCCGGCGCCGCUACGUCUACGCCGAGCCUUCGAUCCCUCCCAAGCCAAGGUCGCCCGGCGACGAGACUCAUCGCUUCACUAGCCGCCGGGACGAGGAAGGCGAAGACAAGUUUGCCCGGGAGUUGUGGAUCGCGAUCCGCAACGACCAUUACAUGCGUGGGUGCUGGUGCGGCUCGCCCAAGAUCUACAACAGCAAGGAAGAGGCCGAGGCCGGUGCCGGUCAUCUUCGUUUCUACAUCGCCGGCAACGAGAAGAAGAAGAACCUUCGCGUACUGCAGAAGAAGUACGAUUUCAUCUGGCACUGCAUGUGCUCCGCCGGCAAGGAAUACCUGCCGGCUUAUAAAGCCCUUCUCAAUUCAAACGGCAAGCGCCCCGCCGAAGACGACGAGUUCGAGUUGCUCGCCCAGAACGAAGAUUCCGGCGACAAAACCAAGACCAUCAAGCGCGUCGUGACCAAAAUUCCCGACGCCACUACCGAUGACGACAGCACGCCCGAGGACGAAGAGAAGCCCGCCGUUCCGGAACAGGCUACAGAUACGCCCGCCCAAGGUUUCUGGGACCAGGCGCGCAGCCUGUUCAACCGCGCCAUCGAAAGCAUGACCACCCCGAUCACCUCCCUCUUCAACAAGAUCCGCAAGCACAUCAGCAUCAGCUUGAUGGAUUACGAUACCCUCGACAUCCGCAGCAAGGAUGCUGCCAACAACAUUGUCGUCAAGCGCGUCCGCCGCGUGCAGCCCCUAAUUAACGUGAACAAGGAGCAGCUUCCUGGCCGCGAAAUUGAGGAUGACCUUUAUGCCUUUGAAGACCUCGAAUGGGCCGAGAGCGCAACCAGCGCCAUUGGUUUUGACCAGCUCCGCCAGAUCGUUAUUACCUUUACUUCUCAGAAGAGCAGCCUCGAGAGAGGCAUGAUCGCCAUGGGCGAGUCCAUCGAAGACAUCAAGGCCAACGCCCCCUCGGAGUGUGAUAAGACUGCCAGCGUGUGCCUGCACGCGUGGAUUGAGCAGGAACACGGCUCAUUGGCCGAUCUUCCCUUUGCUGAGCGCGAGGAGAAGUUCAAGAACUACCUGGAUGACUACCACGGCCAGCUCGGAAAAACUAUCGAGUUCAUCAAGCAAAUUUACGACAGCAACCUGCUCGCCGCCCUUCGCGCAAAGCAUCCGAAGCCCAUCUAUCCUCUUAAGCUCGGCCACGUCUUCUUUAGAGACGGUGCGCGCGAUGUCGCAGAGUUUCUCUGUUUCUUCUGCUCUCUCGAGGCCCUCUUUGACAUACCCGCUUUCAUGAUGGAGGCCCUCUACAAGAUGGUCGUGGAUGCUAAUGCCAUCCACAAGCAGGAGCUUCCGCCAAGCUUUAUUAAGCUCCGCCGCGAACCCACCGCGGACAUGCCUGGUUACUUUCCCGAUGACAAGGCCUCACCUCUGGAGGAAAUUCCCGCUCACCAAUGCAACGUCGUCUCACGCUACGAUUAUCUGCACCCGUCCCAAGAGGCCAUCGAGAGCCGGGCUGAUCCCGACGAGCGUAAACUUGUCCGCAAGCCAAAAGGCAUCUUGAAGCCCUCUAAACAGUGGCCCACUCCCGCAUCGCCGGCAAAAUACGUCCCCACUCCACAGAAACCGAGAAAGCUCGUCUUCCUGAAUCCCGUUUCCACUUUCGCACCACCUAAGAACAUUCCCACCCGAGUCAUGCGUCCCCACGACGAGGAAGAGAUUAACUACUGGAAGAUGAAGACCGAGCUUAUCGGCGAUGAGUACACCAAGAAGAAGUACGAGUCCAAGCUGAGCCUUACCCUGAACUGGGAGAAAAUACGGGCCCGCAUCAAUCGCGACCGGUUCGCUCCUGAAAACGUCCAAGAAGACGACAAAGACAUGGGCCUGUCCCACUAUGCCAACAAAUAUGGUAACUUCCUCGACGAGCUGCACGAUGACAUGGUUAAGCGUGAGCAGAAAGAGAAGGAAGAGAAGCUGAACCGCGACAAGCCUGGCGAGGUUAAAGAGAUUAUCGAACCCAUACCCACUCAAGUCCCGAGACCGUUUACCUCACCAGAGUUCCGUCGCAUUACUGCUCACUGCCGUGAAGGCUACACCGGGACCGCGAGUCCCCUCUGGAAGGUCGACGUCUCGAAGGUGAUCGAGAGGAAGCCCAAGGCUGAAGAAAAGCCGGAGCCCAAGAACCUCGAUGAGUUCUUUGCACAAGAUGAUGACGACCUCGAAAUCUCCAUGCUCAUGCUGAGCCACAUUCAAAUAAACGACGCCGUCAUCAAGGAUGCUCAGCGCAAGAAGCAAGAAGAAAAGCGGCGCAAAGAAGAAGAAGCCCUACUGGCCGAGGAGCGUCGCCUGGAAGCCCUCAUCCGCGAACGCGAAGAGGAAGAACGCCUCAAGCGCGAGGCCGAAGAGAAAGCCCAGCGCGAGAGAAAGGCCGAGGAAGCCGCUGCCCGUUCGGGCCUGAGACCUCCGGCUCGCCAACUUAUCACUCCGCUGUCCGAAGAGUGGCGUAGCCGCGUCGAGGCUGCCCGGAACGCCAACCCGGCGACUGAGCUGGCCAAGACCCUGGAGGGCCAGCCCCUUGUUCGCCGCGACUUCGAAGAGAAGCUCCUGCCAGCGACAGCCUGGCUUAACGACAACGUCAUCAUCGGUGCAAUUUUUUACAUCGCCGAUUACGUCAACACCAAGAAGGGUGCCCCGAACCAAGAACCAAAGUGCACCGCCUUCACCUCGUUCUUCUGGCCCCGCCUUCUCUCCCACGGUCCGGGUGGCUGUGGUCGUCUGUUGCGCCGUGCAAACGUCCGCAAAGCAAAUUUUCUCGAUAUCGACACCAUUCUAAUUCCGAUCUGCGAGUCGUCCCACUGGACGCUCGCCGUUAUCCGUCCCGGUCGGCGCACCGUCUCACAUCUCGACUCGAUGGCAGCGGGUCGAGGUUCCGAGCGCGUCAAGGCCAAGCUGCUCGAGCUGGUCAAGUUUGUGCUGGAGGACCAGUUCGUCGAGGCCGAGUGGCAGGCCGUCGACUUCCAGGCGCCCAGGCAGACCAACGGUUGGGACUGCGGCGUUUUCACCAUCACCAACGCCAUCUGUCUGGCGCUUGGUGUCGACCCUGCCCAGGCUUACACGGAGGCCCAGCUCCCCCUUCAACGGCAGCGCAUUGCGGCUGUGCUGCUGAACGGUGGCUUCAAGGGAGAUUUCACCCUUGAUGACCUCUAA